UAGACUGCAGCUAGAGCAGAUUCUCCACUUUUCAUCUCAACCACUCCCUGGUUAAAGAUGCAGAACGGCACUGAAGGAAACAACUUCUACAUCCCCAUGUCCAACAGGACUGGACUUGUAAGAAGUCCCUUUGAAUACCCUCAGUACUACUUGGCGGAUCCAUGGCAAUUCUAUCUGCUUGCUGUCUACAUGUUUUUCCUGAUCUGUUUUGGAUUCCCCAUCAACGGUCUGACCCUGUAUGUCACAGCCACAAACAAGAAGCUCCAGCAACCUCUAAACUUCAUUCUGGUCAACUUGGCUGCAGCUGGAAUGAUCAUGGUAGUCUUUGGAUUCACCAUUACCUUCCUUACCGCCAUCAAUGGCUACUUCGUCUUUGGACCUAUAGGCUGUGCCAUCGAGGGUUUCAUGGCUACAAUUGGAGGUCAGGUUUCUCUGUGGUCUCUGGUGGUGCUGGCCAUUGAGAGAUACAUUGUCGUCUGCAAGCCCAUGGGCAGCUUCACAUUCACUACCACCCACGCUGGUGCCGGAUGUGCAUUCACCUGGGUCAUGGCAAUGACCUGUGCUGCCCCCCCAUUGGUUGGCUGGUCUAGAUAUAUCCCAGAGGGUAUGCAGUGCUCAUGUGGACCUGAUUACUACACCUUGGCUGAAGGCUUCAACAAUGAAUCAUAUGUGAUCUACAUGUUCUCCUGCCACUUCUGUGUUCCUGUCGUCACCAUCUUCUUCACGUACGGAAGCCUUGUCCUCACAGUCAAGGCGGCUGCAGCUUCCCAGCAGGACUCAGCAUCUACCCAGAAAGCUGAGAAGGAAGUGACACGUAUGUGCUUCCUGAUGGUUUGUGGUUUCCUGAUUGCCUGGACCCCCUAUGCCAGCUUUGCUGCCUGGAUCUUCUUCAACAAAGGAGCUGCCUUUACAGCCACAGCCAUGGCUAUUCCAGCCUUCUUCUCAAAGAGCUCAGCCAUCUUCAACCCAGUCAUCUAUGUGCUGAUGAACAAACAGUUCCGUAGCUGCAUGUUGGCUGCUGUGGGAAUUAGUUCAGGAGCUGAUGAUGAGACCUCUGUGUCAGCAAGCAAGACAGAAGUGUCCUCUGUGGGCCCUGCAUAACAACUUCAAAGGAUUACAUUUUUUACAUGGACUGGCAUAUUUUCAAUUAGGUAGAUUUAUUUUCUAAUCAGAAGAUGCUCUCUUAUGGUACAGUCCUCAAAACAUUGCAUAAUCAAACAUAGCCAAUUUUUACUCUGCAUUUUAUGUUGCAGUUUCUUAGACCACCGAAACACAGGAGAACUUUCACAUUGUAAUUUUUCAUUUUUUCCCAGCAAGGUGAAUCCUCAAGAGUUUUCAUGAUUAACCACUUGAAGGUUUGGUUUUUGCUCCAUAGCUUUGGGCACCCGUCACAGUGAGACACAAUUCCCCUCUGAGCAUCACCUGCUGUAAAGGACAGCAAUACCACUAAAAGGCAAGUCAUGCUACUGUGACAGAAAGUGGAAUCUUGCCAAUUACAGGGGAGGGGGCAGCAGGUAGCAUAGCGGUUAAGAGCCAAAAGGUUGCUAGCUUGAAUCCCAGAGCCGACUAGGUGAAAAAACUGUUGAUUGAG